UGCUAUAUGCUAUCAUUUUCCCAAAGUUUCGCAGCUUCUCAAUGAGUAUUUCUCUUGCGGGUUUAAAAAGGGGUUUGAUUUGGACAUGACAACAAAAACCAAUCUCUCACCACCCUUGUUUGCAUUCUUCUUUAUCUCAACAUUCUUAUACUCCUCGCUUCUCGUAUCUACUCAAAUUUCCCCCUCGGGUUCACAAGGUAAAUGUGAGUUGAAUUUCAACAGCACAUAUGUGGCAUUUGGUGAGUGCGGGGACGCGAAAGAGGACAUAAACAACUGGGGUGGCGAUGGUUUUCCGGCCACCGUAUGUUGUCGUAAUACUCUUACAGUUCUGUCCGAUGCCAUGGCGGUGCAAGCCCGUAACUCAACAGCGGGACAAUUGUUUGUUUCCCAUGAUCAAUGGCAGAGCUGUGGUGACUCAUUUCAUCCGCAACAAGGGAUGUCACUGUCAUCAUGUGGCUUUGAUAGCUUAUACUUUGGGAGUUCCAAAUGCUCUAGUGUAGUUUUGCAGGAUGUGAGGAGCAUGGAUCAGUACCAAGAUGCAUUGAGCAAGUGCUCCCACUUCGACCAUCCAUACAAUGAGGCUUGUGCAGAUUGUAGCGAGGCAAUUUUGAGUUUGAGAGAUAGUUUGUAUGCUUCUGAAAUGGGGAAGGACAACAACAAUGAUACUGAGAGAGUCAUAUGUGGGGUGGCUGCUCUGGUUGCUGUGGCAGCUGACAAAUCUGACGACCCUUCCUUACCUGAUAAAUUCUUGCGCUGCUUGCCUGCUCCAGGAGCAAAAAAAACCACGAGAUCAUGGACAAAACUCCUGUUUAGCGUGCUGGCAGGUGCUCUUGUAGUGUUGCUUCUUGUGUUUCUGGUAAGAUGCAUUUCCAUAAAGCCUCGUAAGCGGGUUCAGUUGAGAGAGAUCACCACUUGCUCUGGAUUACUGUUCUCAAAAACUGAAAUUGAGAAAGCAAUCAAUUUUGGCGGUGAAAAGAUAUGCCUUGGACGUGGGAGUGCAGGAAUGGUUUACAAAGGUGUUCUUCCCAGCGGUCAGGUUGUGGCGGUCAAACAUUUAACAAAGGGUAACAAUGCUGAUUCUUUCACUCGAGAAGUUGAAGGCCUUUCCAGGCUUCGUCACCCAAAUUUGGUUUGUCUAUUUGGUUGUUGCACAGAAGAUGGAGAUAGAUAUCUGGUCUAUGAAUUUUGUGCAAAUGGAAAUCUAGCUCAACAUCUCUUAAGAAAAGAUAGUCAUUUGACAUGGGAAACAAGAGUCAAGAUUUUGAGAGAUUGUUCAUUCGCGCUCAAGUAUCUCCACCAUCAUAUAGGGGGUUGUGUUGUACAUAGAGAUAUCAAGCUUACUAAUAUUCUCUUGACUGAGAACUAUGAAGCCAAAUUGUCGGAUUUUGGAUUGGCAAAGAUGAUGGGGAUGGAAGAGACCAAGGUUUUUACUGAUGUUAGAGGAACCAUAGGUUACAUGGAUCCAGAGUACAUGACUAAUGCCAAGCUAACUUGCGCUAGUGAUGUCUACAGUUUUGGUAUUGUUGCUUUACAAAUUCUGUCAGGACAGAAAGUCAUAGAAUUGGAUCUUGAUGCCAGAGAUCAACUCACUAGGAAGGCAAGAGAUGUGAGUAUGGGAAAACGUCCUGUGUCAGAUUUUGAAGAUCCAAGACUUGGUGGACAAGUUGAUAAGGAGGACUUUAACGCCAUCUUACAGAUUGCAGUGUUGUGUGUUGCCAAAUCAAGCAAAGGUCGCCCAACCAUUGAGAUCAUUUUUGACGAAUUGGACAAGGUCUACAAGGACGCAAGAGCAAGGAAGGAGAAAAAACUGGAUGCAUGUACAUCAACAACAUUCAACCCGAGCGAAAGUCCUCCAAAAUUGACUUCUAAUUGACAUAAAGGAUAUUGCACAAGAUUAUCAUACACAAGUGCGUGUGAUGGAAUUCGAAGAUAGAAUAACUGAAAAUCAGGAUGAAGAUGUACAUUACCUAUAAUUCAAUGAAAUAAAUUUAUUUUGAGGA